AUGACUACGAACGCGACAUGGCUCACAUUCAAGAUGUUACGGGAAUACGUCAAGCAUGAAAAACUGUGGCACGGACAUUUCGUGGAUCGAGACGGAUCGGUGAAACCAGUAAAUUUGAUGGUGGUCAUUCAAUACGUCUUCAUGAACCUACCGUUAAUUGUCACAAUGGGAGUUGUGUUGGCGCUGGUGACCCUGUUUUUAUCCGUUUAUGCCAUGUUUCACUGCUGGCUUGUAUUGACAAAUCAAACAGGCUACGAAUACGCUGCUGCUAACCGGAAAUCACAAUCGAGCCGUUCGAGCAUGCCGCUUGCCCCAUCAACACAGCACGAUCAACUGACGAUGUCUUGGAGUUCAAGGGUUCUUGUAACCAGGCCGCAUCGACCUUACGAUCGAGGCAUGUUAGCUAACAUCUCCGACGCCUUUGGAUACCGCAUCGCUGCCUCUCUUCGAGAGAUCCAACGUCGUCUGCCACCUCAGCUUGAGUUUAAAACACGCUAG